AUGUCACAGGACAAGACGGUCCAUUUCUUGAACCUACCCAACACACGCAUCCCCACACCAACAUCUAAACCUACAUCUCCAACAAUGUCGUCAGAGCAGUGUUUUAAACCGGCCGCAACAACAUCACCACUCGACAGGCCAAGGAAGGCGAACUUCAAACUUGACGGCCGCGAGGUCAAGCCCAUCGACCGCAAGGCACUAUACACCCGCCUCGAGGCCCGCAUCAACUACCUCAAAGAUUUCCUCGACUUCAAUUCCAGCGACGUCGAAGCCCUGCAAUCCGGAGCAAAAUACAUCAAGACCCUAAUCCCCGCCGUCGUCAACCUCGUCUACCGCAAACUGCUCGAAUACGACAUCACCGCGCGAUCAUUCCACACCAGAGACACGGCGUCGAGUGCGCCGAUUGAGGAGUUCUACACCGAGGAAAGCCCGCAGAUCAUGCGGCGCAAGAUGUUCCUGCGCUGGUAUCUGACGAAGCUCAUCAAUGACCCGACACAAAUGGAUUUCUGGCGGUAUCUGAAUAAAGUUGGAAUCAUGCACACGGCUCAGGAACGUCUGUAUACGCUCAACAUUGAAUAUAUCCACAUGGGCGUAUGUCUCGGGUACAUCCAGGAUCUCUUCACCGAGGCUCUGCUCUCGCAUCCUACUCUAUCCAUCCGCCGCAAGACCGCCAUCAUUCGAGCUAUCAGCAAGAUUAUCUGGAUCCAGAACGACCUCAUUGCCCGGUGGCGCAUUCGUGACGGCGAGGAGUUCGCCGACGAGAUGUCCAAUUACCUCGAUGACGAAAGCAAAGAGGGGUAUGUGGACGGCAAGAAGAUCCUCGGCGACAGCAGCAGCUCUUCAUCUCGCAGCUCGGGCGAGGAUGACCGUGCCAGUAUUCGAAGCGGGAUGGCUCCCUCGAUCGCGCCUUCGGUAACGCCCUCGACUACUUCUGCGUGUCCUUUCGCGGACUUUGCGAAGCCGGUUACGCAGACUAGGAUCUGGGCUGGGAAAUAG